AUGUCAGCCCUGAGGGAGAAGGUGGAAUACAAAACGAUCGAUGGCGUGGUUCUCCGCGGUUUGUUCUACGCUGCCGGCGACGGUCCAGCUCCGGCUAUCAUUAUGACACAUGGUUUCAACUGUGUGAAAGAGAUGCUGUUGCCGGAACUGGCUGAGUGGUUCCAGUCCUUGGGAUUUAACACUCUCAUAUACGACCCACGAAGUAUUGGCGAUAGCGACGGGCUACCAAGAAACCAUAUUAGUCCACUGCAACAGGCGGAGGAUCUUUCCGACAUUGUAACACACGUUGCAUCGUUCCCAAGUGUGGAUGCCCGUCGCAUCGUUCUUUGGGGCAUGUCUUUCGGUGCUACGGUGAGCGCUUGUGCAGCCGCUGUUGAUCGGCGGGUGAAAGCGCUGGUUAUGGUGUGCCCCAUCUUUAGUUUCGUCCAACCAGAGAAGCGGGAGAAAGCGUUCGCACAGCUCAUCAGAGACCGGCAGUCCCAGCUUCGUGGUAACGAGCCGUUUUCGUUGCCUCCUUUCAAUAGCAGAGGUGAGAACCCCAUAGGCAUGGCAGGAUCCGGGGGGCCUGGGGGCAUGGAGGCAUACAAUUUUAUGAAUGCCGUUAUCGAUCGUGGAGCACCCAACUUUCGGGAUCGAAUUACGUUGCAGACGUACCACAAGCUGGCCCUGUUCAGACCCAAGGAGCUACUUGAUCUCGUUCGGACGCCAGUUCAAAUGAUCGUUCCCGAGCUGGAUGACAUAUCUCCAGCCGAGGAGCAGAAAGAGGCAUUCGGGCGAUUUGAAGGACCGAAGGAGCUAUAUCUUGCCAAUGGAAAAGGGCAUCUCACUGUGCUAAGCGGUAGCGGAUCCAAAGAUAUUUGGCAAACGAUGGUAGACUUCAUUCGUCAUGCACUUGAUUAA